GUCCUUCAUUCAUACUCUUUCUCUUCUCUCCCUACUCAUCGAACCCCCUCUCUCUUCCUCUCCCACACACACACACACACACUCUCUCUCUCUCUCUCUCGCUCGCUCUCGCCUCCCCCCUCUCUUCUUUCUUUCGCUUUCCCUUUCUACACCUCAGCUCUUCACACUUCUACUCCCUCACGCUUCUCUCCGACCAUCCGCUGAAUCACCCUCUCCUUAAAACCACAACACCAGCCCUAUAUCAAAGCAUAGUCCAGAUCUUCAUUGAUCGGUUGGAUUCCGGUCUCUCGAUCUCGAUCCCUCCAUAACUCAAGUACUGCGACAUGAACACUACGUUCUGUUAGUUGGUUCGUUACACGGGUACGUUCUAGCCUCGACCCCAUUUUGCGAAUGCGUGCGCCUCCCCGCUGGUGCUGCCAGUUUUUGCUUUUUCUUUCUUCUUCUACCCGAUCUUCCGUUGUUCUUCAUGCUUUAAUAAUUGCUUUUGCCGCAUGCCCUGUGGCUUGACGCAAUCUUACGACAUCUACCGUUAAGGCAGUACCCAAAAAAGAACAAAUCAAGUCGCAAGGCCCCCAAUAUGGGCUGUGCAACUCAUUUCGUAUUGUU